GCUCGGGCGCGCUGUCACUUCCGUCUGGUUGGAGCCCGCGGACGAGGGAGGGUCUCCCGCUGUAGGGACUGCCAUGGCCCGGGUGCUUAGCAAGGACACGGCGGAUAUCGAGAGCAUCCUGGCCUUAAAUCCUCGAAAACAAACUCAUGCCACCCUGCGUUCAACUUCGGACAAGAAAUUAGACAAGAAACAUUGGAAAAGAAAUCCUGAUAAGAACUGCUUUAAUUGUGAAAAGCUGGAGAAUAAUUUUGAUGACAUCAAGCACACCACUCUUGGUGAGCGAGGAGCUCUCCGAGAAGCAGUGAGAUGUCUGAAAUGUGCAGAUGCCCCCUGUCAGAAGAGCUGUCCAACUAAUCUAGACAUUAAAUCUUUCAUCACAAGUAUUGCAAACAAGAAUUAUUAUGGAGCUGCCAAGAUCAUUUUUUCUGACAACCCACUUGGUCUGACUUGCGGAAUGGUGUGCCCAACCUCUGAUCUUUGUGUAGGUGGAUGCAACUUAUGUGCCACUGAAGAGGGACCGAUUAAUAUUGGUGGAUUGCAGCAAUUUGCUGCUGAGGUCUUCAAAGCAAUGAAUAUCCCACAGAUCAGAAAUCCUUCUCUGCCUCCCCCAGGAAGAAUGCCAGAAGCUUAUUCUGCCAAGAUUGCUCUUUUUGGUGCAGGGCCUGCAAGUAUAAGUUGUGCUUCUUUUCUGGCUCGAUUAGGAUACUCCGACAUCACCAUAUUUGAGAAACAAGAAUAUGUUGGUGGUUUAAGUGCCUCUGAAAUCCCUCAGUUCCGGCUGCCAUAUGAUGUAGUGAAUUUUGAGAUUGAGCUCAUGAAGGACCUCGGUGUGAAGAUAGUUUGUGGCAAAAGCCUUUGUGUGAAUGAAAUGACUCUUUGCACUCUGAAGGAAGCUGGUUACAAAGCUGCUUUCAUUGGAAUAGGUUUGCCAGAACCCAAUAAGGACCACAUCUUCGAAGGCCUGACACAGGACCAGGGAUUUUAUACUUCCAAAGACUUCUUGCCGCUUGUAGCAAAAGCCAGUAAAGCAGGAAUGUGCGCCUGUCACUCUCCAUUGCCGUCGAUACGGGGAGCCGUGAUUGUCCUCGGCGCUGGAGAUACUGCCUUUGACUGUGCCACGUCGGCUUUGCGCUGCGGAGCCCGCCGCGUGUUCGUCGUCUUCAGAAAAGGCUUUGUUAAUAUAAGAGCUGUCCCUGAGGAGAUGGAGCUUGCUAAAGAAGAAAAAUGUGAAUUUUUGCCUUUCCUUUCCCCACGGAAAGUGAUAGUAAAAGGUGGAAGAAUUGUUGCCAUGCAAUUUGUUCGGACAGAGCAAGAUGAAACUGGAAAAUGGCAUGAGGAUGAAGAUCAGAUAGUCCGUCUGAAAGCUGACGUGGUCAUCAGUGCCUUUGGUUCAGUUCUGAGCAAUCCUCAAGUAAAAGAAGCCUUGAGUCCUAUAAAAUUCAACAGAUGGGGUCUCCCUGAAGUUGAUCCAGAGACUAUGCAAACAAGUGAACCAUGGGUGUUUGCAGGUGGUGAUAUUGUUGGUGUGGCUAACACUACAGUGGAAUCGGUGAACGAUGGAAAGCAAGCUUCUUGGUACAUUCACAAAUACAUACAGUCUCAAUUUGGAGCUUCAGUUUCUGCCAAACCUGAGCUACCACUCUUUUAUACUCCUGUUGAUCUGGUGGACAUCAGUGUGGAAAUGGCUGGAUUGAAGUUUAUAAAUCCUUUUGGUCUUGCGAGUGCAACUCCAGCUACUAGCACAUCAAUGAUUCGAAGAGCUUUUGAAGCUGGAUGGGGUUUUGCCUUGACCAAAACUUUCUCUCUUGAUAAGGACAUUGUGACGAACGUUUCGCCCAGAAUCAUUCGGGGGACCACCUCUGGUCCUGUGUAUGGCCCUGGACAAAGCUCCUUCCUGAAUAUCGAGCUCAUCAGUGAAAAAACCGCUGCCUAUUGGUGUCAAAGUGUCGCUGAACUAAAGGCUGACUUCCCACACAAUAUUGUGAUCGCCAGCAUCAUGUGCAGUUACAACAAAAACGACUGGAUGGAACUCUCCAAAAAGGCUGAGGCUUCUGGAGCAGACGCCCUGGAGUUAAAUUUGUCCUGUCCCCAUGGCAUGGGAGAGAGAGGAAUGGGUCUGGCCUGUGGUCAGGAUCCAGAGCUGGUGCGGAACAUCUGUCGCUGGGUGAGGCAAGCUGUUCAGAUUCCUUUUUUUGCCAAGUUGACCCCAAAUGUCACUGAUAUUGUAAGCAUCGCAAGAGCUGCAAAGGAAGGUGGUGCAGAUGGUGUCACAGCCACCAACACAGUCUCGGGCCUGAUGGGACUAAAAGCUGAUGGCACACCCUGGCCAGCGGUGGGUACUGGAAAACGGACCACGUAUGGAGGAGUGUCAGGAACGGCAAUCAGACCUAUCGCUUUGAGAGCAGUGUCUGCCAUUGCUCGUGCUUUGCCUGGAUUCCCCAUUUUGGCCACUGGUGGAAUUGACUCGGCUGAAAGUGGUCUUCAGUUUCUCCACAGUGGUGCUUCAGUCCUCCAGGUGUGCAGUGCUGUUCAGAAUCAGGAUUUCACUGUGAUCGAAGACUACUGUACUGGCCUCAAAGCCCUGCUUUAUCUGAAAAGCAUUGAAGAACUGCAAGACUGGGAUGGACAGAGUCCAGCCACCGUGAGGCACCAAAAAGGGAAACCAGUUCUGCGCAUUCCUGAACUCGUGGGCAAGAAACUGCCAAGUUUUGGACCUUAUCUUGAACAGCGCAAGAAAAUCAUUGCUGAGAACAAGAUUAGACUGAAAGAACAAAGAGCAGAUUUGUCACCACUCGAGAAAAACUAUUUCAUCCCCCAAAAGCCUGUUCCAACCAUCAAGGAUGUCAUUGGAAAAGCACUGCAGUACCUCGGAACAUACGGUGAAUUGAGCAACACAGAACAAGUUGUGGCUCUGAUCGAUGACGAGAUGUGCAUCAAUUGUGGUAAAUGCUACAUGACCUGUAAUGACUCUGGCUACCAGGCUAUACAGUUUGAUCCAGAAACCCACCUGCCCACCGUCACUGACAACUGUACAGGCUGUACGCUGUGUCUCAGUGUCUGUCCUAUUAUCGACUGCAUCAAAAUGGUUUCCAGGACAACACCUUAUGAGCCAAAGAGAGGCUUACCCUUGGCCUUAAGUCCGGCGUGUUAAGGUGAUUUGUGAAACAGUUGCUGUGAACUCUAUGCUCAUCAAAUCAUGAUUGAUGUGUUCAUCUCUUAAAUAAAUAUAUGAUUUUCACUAAAUUUUUAAUUGCAAAAAAAACAUUUCAUACUAGUGACCAUUCAAUUUAUGGUAACAAAAUAGAAUCAUUCUUUUCUGAGGUUAGCUGUUAAAUAAUGGGGUAGCAGAUAAUUGGAUGUUCACCAUCAGUCAUGUAUUGUGAAAAAUUAGCUCUCCAUGGCAAUUAAUGAGACAAUUUCCAAAUUGUCCUUUGCUGUGCUACGUUUUUUAUUUCUAAUUGUAAACGAAAUUAAGUAUUUUGAAACAAAGUGUACUUUAACAUGCAAAAAAAAAAUCCACAUGGAAAUGUAACUAAACUUUACCUUUUAUUUUAAGGUUCUUUCUAAGAUGUAAUCAAUUCCAUAAACUGAAUAAAGUCCAAUAAUUAUUUACUCCGACAGGAGAAUAAAGCCUAAAAGACAAUCUUUAGGAUUUUAUUGAGGUGCCUUUGCUGAAACAUCCUCUUUUGAUGCUGGACCUUGAAAGUGAAAAUAUUUCCUUAGUAAAGACUCACAACUCAUUGCCAGUGACAGUUGUCAGACUUCCCACCAGUGGGCCACACUGACAUUCUUUAAAUAUUUCAAUGAUUUUCCAACCAAAUGAGAUGAUAGAAUGCAGUUCUGGCUAAAAACCACUCUUAUGCUGCACAUUCUGCUUUGAAUAAUCACCUUUGUGAUUAUAGUGAUUAAU